CGCGCCUGCGCUCCAGGUCUUGCUCGAGUUUACGACAUAUGAGUCAGAAGUUCCGAACUCUGAACAGCCCGAACCUCGUGCGUGUGCGGCUGCCGCUGCUUAGCAUUUAUACUUUCAACGACACAAAAGAACGUUAACUAUCACACGAGAAUAAAAGACGUGCUUAUAAUUAAUAAAAAAAAAAAACGAAGUGAAAGUUUAUCAGGGUCAACGUGACUACGCGACUCUAGUAAAAAAUACGCAGCCACCCGGCACUCAGUUUUUAGUAACGUUGCACCUCAUCAUAGCUACUGCCUGUCGACUACACUCCUCAACCUCAGCGACUCAUUGAAGUAGUUCUCUUCACGUAGCUAACGAACUAUCUCUCAAUCAAGUACGCAAUUUUUCGUUGAAGCACACCCUGUUUUUUUGUUUUGUUUCGUUUACUUUUUUGUUGGCGAGGUGUUGGAUUUCGAGGCUGUGUGAUCCUCGUGGCGAAUUAUGGAUCAGGUCAACGUAUUAAAAGAUAAGGGUAACAAAGCCUUACAAGAAAACAAAUUUGAUGAGGCGAUUCAGUUCUACACCCAAGCCAUUGACUUGGACAAGAGCAACCAUGUGCUGUACAGUAACCGUUCUGCAGCCUACGCCAAAGCGGGCAAGUACUCGCAAGCUUUGGAGGAUGCCGACAAAACAGUUACACUAAAGCCUGACUGGGCCAAGGGCUACUCAAGAAAAGGCAGUGCUUUGGCUUAUUUGGGCAGACUCGAUGACUCGAUAAAUACGUACGAAAAGGGCUUGAUGCUAGAUCCUACUAACGAGCAGCUCAAGCAAGGACUUCGUGAAGUUAGGGCCCAAAAAAGCAAUGCUGGAAUGGCGAAUCUCUUCAAUGGACCAGAAGCUUUCAUGAAACUUAGAAGUGACCCCAGAACUAGGGCUUGGAUGGAUGAUCCAGAUUAUCUAGCGCUUCUUAGUGAACUGCGCACCAACCCGGGUGCCCUAAAUACCAAAAUUCAGGACACGAGAGUUCUUACGACUCUCAGUGUACUGUUAGGAUUAAGUGACAUGGAUGAAAGUAUGGAUGUAGAUCCGCCAAAGUAUGAGCCGCCCAAGUCACAAAAAAAAGAAGAACCAAAACCGGAACCAAAAAAAGAAGAUAAUACGCCGCCAGAAAAGAAACAAGCUAUGGAAGAAAAAAACUUGGGUAAUGCUGCUUACAAAAAGAAGAGUUUCGCAGAAGCACUCGAGCAUUAUAAUAAAGCCGUCGAAUUAGAUCCAAACGACAUCACAUAUUAUCUCAACAUCGCUGCUGUUUACUUUGAGCAAAAAGAGUAUGAAAAGUGUAUAGCACAGUGCGAAAAGGCCAUCGAAAUAGGCCGAGAAAAUCGAGCAGACUUCAAACUUAUUGCCAAGGCGUUUACAAGAAUUGGACACUCUCACAAAAAAAUGAACAACUGGAAACAAGCCAAAGUGUACUACGAGAAGUCGUUGUCUGAGCACAGAACACCAGAGAUCAAGACCCUCUUGUCCGAAGUCGAAAAGAAGAUUAAGGAAGAGGAACGAAAAGCAUAUAUUGAUCCUGAGAAGGCUGAAGAGGAAAAGGAGCUUGGCAACCAAAUGUUUAAGAAUGGUGAUUAUGCGGCUGCGAUGAAACACUACUCUGAGGCUAUCCUCAGGAAUCCAGAUGAUCCAAAGUACUACAGCAAUCGAGCGGCCUGUUACACAAAACUGGCGGCAUUCGAUUUAGGUCUAAAAGACUGCGAGAAGUGCGUGGAGCUGGAUCCUAAGUUUAUAAAAGGCUGGAUCAGGAAAGGAAAGAUCUUGCAGGGCAUGCAGCAGCAGGGAAAAGCACUGUCAGCUUAUCAAAAGGCCUUGGAACUGGAUCCCAGUAAUGCCGAAGCUCUUGAAGGAUACCGAUCGUGCUCGAUUGCAGUGAGUUCCAACCCAGAGGAGGUAAGAAAACGGGCUAUGGCAGAUCCGGAAGUUCAGAAUAUUUUGAGAGAUCCCGCCAUGAGACUUAUCUUGGAACAAAUGCAAAACGAUCCCAAAGCCUUGCAAGACCAUCUAAAGAAUCCUGCGAUAGCGGCCAAACUUCAAAAGCUCUUGGAGUCGGGACUCGUAGCCAUACAUUAAUGAAAUUUAACUUAAUAAUGAUGAAAAAAAAAUUUUAUAUACACAUAGUGCUCCAAAAAAAAAAAAAAGCUUUUACCAUUCAGUUCUGGGCAAUAAAGAAUCAAUUUUGAAGUA